AUGCCUCGCCAAGCGCAUGGUCGUCCUCUACUUGCUAGUGGACCUACGAAGACACAAAAGAGAAAGCCUGCAAAAGGUCGUGGUUUGAAUGCGCUCGAGACUGCCGAACGAGAAUUUCCACAACAGGUCAAGAUUCGGCAGCACAGACUUGGAGAAGCGGAAGACGACAAUGAUGCUUCGAACACCCGUGCCGAUGCUGAUGGGAGGUCUUCCAAGCGACAGAAAGUCGAUCACAGCCCAGAUAAGCAGGACGAAGAAGAUGGAGGGAGUGAUCCAGAUGGCAAUCCCUGGCACGUAGGAGUCGAGGACGAUGAAGAUAGCGACAUCGACAGUGACGACGCUUUUGGCGAGAGUGAUGAAGAGCGCUUCGCUGAUUUUAUCUUUCGUGGCAGCAGUAAGCAAGAAGACAAGCCACAGAAGCCAAGAGCGAAGCAGCUAUCAGCCAAGAAGUUGGAUCUUGAGGAGGAUGAGGUUAAAGAUGAAGACGGUGACUCUGUCAGUGAAGAUGACGGUGAAGAGGCUUCGGACGAGGACGACUUUGGUGACGAUGCUAUAGACCUAGCCACAGCAUGGGACAUGGAUGACGAAGAACAGCGCGAGGAGCGAGAGAAAGCUGCUAGGAAGAAGAUUGCCCAAAGACAAACUUUGAAUGGUCUCCCGGAUGGCAGCGAUGAACCUGUCGAGUCACUUGCAGACGACGAAAGUGAGGAUGACAUUGACCAGGAAGAUGACGCGUUUGGAGGUUUCGACAUUUCUGAGGACGAACAAGAUGAAGAAACCACCGCUAGAUUGCGCUCUUUUGUUGACGGUCUCACCCCUGCCGAGCAGACUCUGGUGAAGUCUGCACCACAAAGGAUAAAUCGAAAUCUGCCCGACAAGCCUUCUGCUUUUGCCUUACCUUCGGCGCCUAUAUCAGCUGCAGACCUUAUGCAAUACAUCAAAGACCCGACCCAGCGACAAUCUCUGAAAAUCCUCCAGCAGGCCGAGAAGGAAGACGGCACUUCCUACAAAGGUGGCAUACCCGGAAAACUGGCGGCUCCUUUGGCAAAGCGCCAGCAAGAUCGCCUUGACCGUGCAGCUGCGUACGACCAGACUAAACAGACUUUAGAAAGAUGGGUAGAUACAGUCAAGAACAACAGACGUGCUGAACACGUGUCUUUUCCCCUGGUCGACCAUACUAAGGCUUCGGCAUCGGGUGUGAAAGCACUUCGACCAGUCUCAGCAGGUGCCCCACAAUCCGAAUUAGAGUCCAAGAUCAAGGAGAUUAUGCAGGAGAGUGGUUUCAGCAUGCAGAAUGGACAGGACAUAGAAGAUGAGGAGCAAAAGUACGAAGAACUCAAGGAGAAGCAGAUCCCGCUCGAAGAAGUGCAAGCUCGAAGGCGGGAGCUGAGAAUGCAACGAGAACUGAUGUUCAGAGAGGAAAUCCGUGCUAAGCGAAUAAAGAAGAUCAAGAGCAAAGCAUAUCGAAGGGUGCACCGCAAGGAAAAGGACAAAUUCGCUGUGCAUGAACACGAAAGACUUGCUGCUGCAGGCUUGCUGAACUCGGACGAAGAGCGAGAACGCAAUGAUAGAAAACGAGCCGAGGAAAGGAUGGGUGCUCGUCACAAGGAAAGCAGAUGGGCCAAGGCUGCAAAAGCAAGUGGCCAAACUACCUGGAACGAGGACGCGAAGAUUGGCGUGUCUGAAAUGGCACGUAGGGACGAAGAGUUGAGAAAAAGAGUGGAAGGAAAGAAUAUUCAUGGCUCGGAUGAGUCAGAUGGCGACAGCGAGUCCGAAUCUGAACUCGACUCUGAGGCUGAAGAUGCCGACCAACGAUGGAACCAGAAGCUGGACUCGUUACAGAGCACCGAACAGCCUGCAGGGAAGUUCAAGCUUGCAGACAUGGCCUUCAUGAAAAAGGCAGAAGCGGAGCGCCAAACCGCAAACGACGAAGAGCUUAAGCAACUACGACGAGCCAUGAAUGGUGGUGAAAACUUAUCGGAAAGCGAAUCAGACAACGAAGAUAAGCCCGUCAGACAAUCGUUCGGUAAGCAGACCACCAAGAAAACUGCGACCGCACCACCACCUGUGAACAGACUAGAUUUCGAAGAGAAGCUGUCGGAUGAGGAGGACAAUCAGGAAGAAACAGAGUCGAUGAUGCCGCAGCUGCAGAGCAAACAACCAUCCCUCGGGCUUCAGCCAGCCAGUAAAGCUAAACCACCGACCUCAACCCAUCAAGCGAAAAGCACGAAUAACCUCUCUGCAGCGACAACGAAGACCUCGAAAUCUCAGCGAAAUACUACACAGAAGUCAUCCAGACCCCAGACGACGCAACAAUCCACGCUCGACGACUACACCAGUCCCUCCGAAUCCGAAGGCGGACACCCAGAUGGUCUGGACGACAAAGACAGACUAGCACUUGAUAUCUUCGCUGGUGACGACGAAGAAGACCUCCGCACGCAAUUCAUCAAGGAGAAGAAACAGACAAUCAAAGAAGAAGGCGACCAAGUCAUCGACAACACCCUCCCAGGCUGGGGAAGCUGGACAGGAGUCGGCAUCAGCAAAAAAGCACAGAAUAAAGCCAAAGGUCGAUUCGUCACCACCAUCAAGGGUAUUGCUCCUGAAACCAGGAAAGACGCAAAGUUGGAUCGUGUGAUCGUCAAUGAGAGGAGAGUGAAGAAGAAUGGAAAGUACCUCGCUCAAGAGUUGCCUCAUCCGUUUGAGAGCAGGAGUCAGUAUGAGCGGAGCUUGAGGUUGCCUAUGGGUCCGGAGUGGAGUACUAGGAACCAUUUCCAGGAUGCUAUUAAGCCAAGGGUGUUGUUGAAGCAGGGACAGGUUAUUAAGCCGAUGGCGAAGCCUGUGGCGUAG